AUGGCCGACGUACGUGCUCUUCUACGUCAGCAACGCGCCGCCCGACGAAUCGAGCAUCCCCAUGCAGCUUAUUCGGAUGCGGGCAAGCUCCUCUGCACCCUCUGCCAUGAGGCUAUCAAAUCCGAAUCGCUCUGGGAGGGCCAUCUAAGGGGACCAAGUCACACAGCGAAGCUCAAGACCGCACCGCAAGCUGCGCCGGCUGGUACGAAUGGUUCGGUAACCGCGGAGGCCGCGCCUUCAAACAAGCGGAAGCACGACUCAGACGAGGAUAUGGCAGAGGAUGACGAUAUGGCUGAAGCUAUACGGAAAAAGAGGAGCAGGACUAACAUAGGCACUCCUGCCCGUUUGUCUGCUGGGGAGGCGGACCGGGAUCUCAAAGAUGUGACACUUACGCCGCCGUCGUUGACUCGUCGCACGUCGACUACACCCGUCCAAGGCGUCGAGAUUCAAAUUCCUUCGCGGCCUGCCACGCCUGCUUAUAAAGACGGCACAUCUUCGAAUUCCACACCCCUAGCUCAUCCCGUUGGACCUUCGCCGCUGAUACCUCGGGAAGCUUCACCCACACUUGCGAGGGGAAAGGCACCUGUGCAGCAGAACGGUACUGCUGCGCAAUCUGGCGCAGCCGGCCAAGUGGACGAGGACGAAUGGGCAGCCUUUGAAGCGGAUAUUGCGGCUACCACGGUUCCCAUCUCAGAAGACGCGGUGAUUUCGGCCCCAGCCAUGACGGCGGAGGAGCACGCCGCGGCUGCAAAGAGAGAAGAAGAAGAGCGGGAGAAGCGUCGACUGGCUGCGGAUAAGGAUCUCGAGGACGAGAAGGAGGAGGCUACGCGCGCGCUUGAGGAAGAAUUCGAGGAUAUGGAGGAGCUUGAAGCUAGGGUUCGAAGAUUGAAGGAGAAACGUGAGGCCCUGAGGCAUCAAGGAGAUGCUGGCACCGGAGCGGUUACCUCUGCCGGCAAACCUUCUGAGGCACCUGGAAAGGAGAACGUGGAAACGAAUGCGGAAGACGAAGAAGAAGAUGAGGAUGAGGAUGAGGACGAGGAUGACUUCAUGGGAUUCAGGUAUCGUUCAUGA